AGAAAGGGGAAAUUAUGCCAAAAGAAGUUGGUAAGGACAAAAGGUAAAUAAGAAAAAUAUGAAGAAGAAAUGGCAAAUUAUUCAGCUUUUGCUUUUGUUUCUUACCCUUCUCCUCUCUCUCACCAAACCAAGAACAAGAACAAGACCAAGUUGGAAGAAUUUCUCCCCAAUUCGCAUCUUCGUCUUCAAUCAACACAGAUCGUGAACAAUGGAGGUGAUGUGUCUUUUUAUCUCAGCAGUCCGUACGGUAAGUGGAAAAUCCAUAUAUCACUACUGCUUUGGUGCUCAACUUUAUAUUCAACGUUUAUAAACUCAUCUUUAUAUAUAUCUCUUAAGACAAUAUAUUUUGUUGAAUCUUGGAAAUUGGUGAAGCGACUCUUUAAGUAUGUUCUCUACAAGGGAACGUUUCUUGCGGCUGUAGUCCCACUAACACUACCUCAUGCAGGAUUGUGGUUUACAUGGUUGACCAUAGUAUGCACUUUGAAGAUGUUUGAAGCUCUAGCUAGCUAG